AUGGCAAGCAUUGCAACAGAAGUUGUCAACUCGGAGCUAGUGCUCCCCGCGGUCGCCGCCGCCGUGCCCCUCCCACCUGACAACGGCAGCCAAGACAACCUGCCGGCCGGCUGGGUCAAGCAGUUUGACGCCGAGCACAACCAGUUCUUCUACGUCGACACAGCAACCGAGAAGCCCCAGUGGGAGCGUCCCGACGCCCCGGCGUCGGCGCCCAUCGUCGCGGCCUCGCCCCCGCUCCCAGUGACGGUCCUCCCCUCGGCGGGCGACAACACCCCAACCGGUUCGUUGGUUGACGUCGAGUGGCCAGAGUUCGACGCAGCAUCAACUGACGAGGCAGUAGCCAACGAUGCUGCCGCCGCUGCAGUGUCUACGACCGAAGUCGACACGGCGGUUGCCUCUGCGACCGAGGCUAUCACGUCGUCGGCUUCGAACAACACUGCGACGCGCACCACUGUUGAGGCUGUCGAGGAGGAGGAGGCGACCUCGGUCGCUGAGGUCCAGGUUACCCAGGAGGCCGGCGUGCUCGCCGCGUCGUCGGCCACCGGGGCGGCCGCUGUUGCUUUAGAGCAGGCCGCUCAGAUUGGCCAGCACGGCGUCAGCAACAUUCUCAACGGCGCCGCUCAGACUGGCGAGCGCGGCUUCAGCAGCAUCAUCAACAAUGUCAUCGGCGGGAGCAGCGCCACAGCCCAGGCGGCGGCCGGAACCUCGACGGCUGCCGCAACAGCCACUGCCACGGCGGCGGCUACGACCGACAUCGAGACCACCCAAACCACUACCACGGAGACAACCACCGCGUAUCCCGCGGUUCCGGUCGCCCCUGUCGUCGUCGCUCCACAGCAGCCAGAGAAUGCGGGAGGACUUGGCCUCCUCGGUAGCCUUCUCGCUGGCGGUGGUGCCGCUGUCGCCGCCCUUACCGUGGCUGAGGUUCUCGAGGACAGGAAAAAGAAGAAAGAGAAGGACCACCGCCUCCACAACCCAGGACCCGAGCAAUACUACACUGGCCCAGAUGGUGCCUUCUACCCUUAUGGACCCGAGAGCCCCAAGAAGAAGAAGCAUGGGCUCGACUUAGGUAUCGGCAUCAGCGGUGACGUUAGUGCCAACGUCGAGGUCCAAGCCGGAAAGCACAAGCUGGGCUUUGGCGGCGGCGCUGGCGGCAAGACGGGUGCCAAUGUCGGUGUUCACGGCGACAAGUACGGUCUCGAUGUCGACGGUCGGGUCGGUGCCCAGGGCGGCGCUGGGGCUGGUGUCUACACUAGCAACCACCAGUUCGGAGUCGGUGGCCAGGCUGGCGGCCAAGCGGGUGCCAAUGCCGGCGUGGGCUGGGGCGGCCCUCAGGGCCUUGGGUUCGGCGGUGGCGUUGGCGCCCAGGGCGGUGCUGGCGCGGGCGUCAACUUUGACGGCCACCAGAUCGGCGCCGGCGGCCGCAUCGGCGGACAGACGGGCGGCCAAGUUGGUGUCAACUUCAACAACGGUAUCGGCUUCAACACCCAGGUUGGCGCCGGUGGUGGUGCCAGCGUCGGCGCCAACAUUGACGGCCACAACAUUGGUGCUGGUGGCCAGUUCGCCGGCCAGACGGGCCUCGGCGCUGGCGUCAACUUCAACAACGGCAUCCAUGGCGGAGCCCAGGCCGGCGGCCGUCUCGGCGGCAAGGCUGGCGCUUGGGCUGGGGAUCACACUGUGGGCAUCGGUGGCAACGUCGGCGGCAACCUUGGCAUCGGCGCCGGAGCGGGUCUCACCCAGCAGGACUACCUGACCAUCAACCAGGGUGGCAGCCAGCUCAUCCAAACCGGUCAGCAGAUUGUCCAGCCCGGCGCCAACAUCGCCGGUGGUGCCUACGUCGGCAACAAGACCAACAUCGCUGACAGCGGGUACGUCGGUAACCACCUCAACGAGAACAAGUUCAACGAAUGCAACGAGACCAAGGUCAACGAGUGCAACGAGACCAAGGUCAACAAGACAACCUUUGACACCACCCGCAUCACGGACUACACGGUCGACGAGGGCAAGAACUGGUCUGGCGAGGGUCACGGUCGCAGGCGCCGCAACAGUCACGGUCGCAAGCACGGCCGUUUCGACUUUGAGGGCCGCCGUGAGGACCGUCGCGAGGACUACCAGUUUGAGACGCACGACGAGAAGACGACAACGACCUUCACUUCCACUCACGCCGAGACUCACAACGGCCAGGUUACCGGCACGACUUCGGGCCACGCCCACCAGGACACCUUCUCUGGUGCCAAGGGCGGACGCAUCGGCGGCCUCACUGAGGGAACUGCCGUUUCCACCACCUUCGACGAAGUGUCCGAGGGUCGCUUUGGUGGCAAGGUCGGCGGCCGCAUCACCGGCCAGACCAUUGGCUCUGGUCAUGCCGAGGUGCAAGUCGCAACUCAUGACGAGAGCAGCACCAGAGUGACAAGCGAGUCAUUCAACAAGGUCCUGAACGGUGCCGGGUUCGGUGUCAGUGGCGAGACUAUCGCGACAGCGGGCAAAGUCCUCAACGGUCAUGGGUUUGGCCUGACCGGCGAGAAGAUCACAAAGGUUGCAUCGGGUGGCAUCAGCAACAUCACCAACCAGAUCAGCAAUGUCACCUCGUCGGGAUUCACCAAUGUUGCCACUGGCAUCGCCACGGCCGCUACCGGUGCUGUUACCGGUGGUGUUGGUGCUGGCCUGGUUGGCACCGCGGUGGGACUGGGCGGUAGUGCCAUCGCCACUGGUGUCUCCACGGCUUCCGACUUCGUUAAGACGACGGGAUCCAAGAUCAUUGGUAACGCGACUUCGGGCAGUAGAAGCACUUCGAACACCAACACCUCAAACCACAACACGUCCGAGGAAAUCACGGAGGUCACAACAAUUACUACCACUACGACCACGACCAACGAUGUCAAGCAGGUUGGCGGCAGUAGCUCCAAGAUUGAUGUCGGCAAGAAGACGGCCACCAUCGAGGAGAUCGUCGACGAGUCCUUUGAAAAGGGCGAGCGCAAGGUUCACCUUGACGAGAAGGUCACGACCGGUCGCAAGAUCCACGUGGACGAGAAGGUCACGACUGCCAAGGAAGUUCGCGAGGAAGUUCAUGAGUCGAAGCGCGACGACCGUAUCGACACCCGCGUGGUUGUGGACACUCGUCUUGAGGAGCACGGGCACCGUACAAGGCCGCGCAGCCCUCUACCCCACCACGUUCACCCCUCGCCUCCGCGCGUUGUCAUCGACACUGGAUGCGAGUCUUACAACCGCCAGGACAUCUACGACGAGUACAACGUUACGCAGGACCACUGGCUCCAGGAGACUCGCGCUCGCCAGGAGCGCAUCGUCAGCAUUGAGCAGCAGCGCUUCGAGGAGGCUGCCCGCCGUGCGCACGAGGCACGUCUCCACUCCCGUGCGGUCGGCAUCCAGUAUGUCGGGGACUGCGUCGCGGAGAGCUUUGACGACGAUUGCUACGACCACUCCGCCAACUACGAGCACCAGUACCGCGCUGUCCAGCAGGCUCUGCACACCUCGCACUACCAUGCCAACACGCCCUACCGCGGCACCCAGUACCCCGACUAUGGCUCCCCUGUGGUUGGCAACAGCGACCUUGACCUCUUCACUGCAGCUCAGGCCCGCGCCAACACCUACUCCAGCGGUGGCUUUGCUCACCUGUCGACAACCUACGACGUGUAUGACUACCAGCCCUACACCAACGACACCUACCGCCAUGCUCACGCGCACAACGCGUACGCGGCGGACUACGCCAGCCAGGAGACGUAUGGUGUGCGCGGUCAGGCUUAUGCUCAAGCAUUCAAUGGACAGAGCCGUGUUCAGCACCACCACCAGCACAGCCCUCUCGCUCACCACCACGACCACUUCCACGGCCAACACCACGGUCACCACCACGGCCACUCUCACGGCCACUCGCACGGUGGCCGCGCUCAGCCCCAGCCUGAGGUCACUUCGGUCCGCUCCCAGUUCAACUACCUCGACGUCGAGACGUACGACUACCAGGCGGUGAGGUACGACAGCCACAAGGUUGUGGGCCAUGGUGUGACUGUUGGCGGGUACUACUAG